UCUUCGCCUAGUUAAAAUCAAAUAAGGAUCCACCAUUCAGUUGGAUUCUUCUUCUGUUUCAUGUUGUUUCACAAAGUGAAUUUCUUACUCUAAUUCAAAAUAUAAUCAUCUUUGCAGGCUAUUCUUAAGUUUUUUGGACCAAAUUUGCAGAUUAAAGUUCUUAUUUUUUUUGGUGGUGAUUUCUUAGGUUGUGAUUUGUUAAAUAUUUGAUUUGUUAGGAUUUUGAUGAAUUUGGGUUUAUCGUAUAAAUUUAUUAAACUUUUGAUCAAACUUGCUUUUCUCUUUGAUCUCCAAAUCUCUUUGAUGAUCAUCACACAGAUCCUUAAAAAUUGUCAAGAAAGAUGUCAUAGAGUCGAUAGUCUCCGUCAAUUUUUCAGGAUUCUCUCAUCUGAUAAGAAAAUCGUCCUCCCACCACAACCUUAACCCUAAACCCUUGCAAAUCAAGCAAAUGGAGGACGAUUUUCCCUCCAUUUGUAUUUAUAUACUACAAAAGUGGACACAAAUAUACAAUUUAUUUCCUAAACCUAUAAUCUCUUCUACCUUAAUAAUAUAUUUUCGGAAAAAAAUUAACCUAUGAUAUAAAAUGUCCCAAAAUAAUAAUUUGAGGACGAUGACAAGAGAAGUCAGCUUAUCCGCUAGAUGGAGUCAGAGACAAAAACAUGAUGUAGCUAAAGAAAAUCAACACUGGUGCCGGCGAAUUCACCAAAGCUGCAAAUGGUAAACUGAUUUGUAUUGGCUGCAAAAUACAAAUCACAAAGAAGCGAGAGAGAGUUGUGUGAGAGAUCCAUGGCGGAAGCUUGCGGGGUGAAGAGGAUGAAGCUGGGAAGCCAAGGCCUUGAGGUAUCGGCUCAAGGUCUCGGCUGCAUGGGUCUCUCCGGUCACUACGGUCCUUCUAUACCGGACAAUGACGCCAUCAAUCUCCUCCACCACGCUAUUCACUCGGGCGUUACUUUCCUUGACACCGCCGACAUGUACGGUCCUCACAUGAACGAGCUGCUCCUUGGCAAGGCUUUGAAUAAUGGGAUGAGGGAGAAAGUGGAACUUGCGACCAAAUUCGGAAUCAUUUAUGACGCAGAGGGAAAGAUAAACAUAAAGGGAGAUCCUGAGUAUGUGAGAGCUGCGUGUGAGGCUAGUUUAAAGCGUCUCGAUGUUCCCUGCGUCGAUCUUUAUUACCAGCAUCGGAUCGAUACUCGUGUCCCUAUAGAAAUCACUAUGGGAGAAGUGAAGAAGCUUGUGGAAGAAGGUAAAAUAAAUCCACUAGGAAGUGGCUACUUUGCAUCAGGACCAAAGCUUGUUGAGCAGCUAGACAAUGAUGACUUCAGAAAGACUCUACCAAGAUUCCAACAAGAAAACUUGGACCACAACAAGAUUCUUUACGAGAAGGUUCAUGCAAUGUCGGAGAAGAAAGGUUGCACUCCCGCACAACUAGCCCUCGCGUGGGUUCAUUACCAGGGAGAUGAUGUUUGCCCCAUCCCAGGAACCACCAAGAUCGAAAACCUCGAUCAGAACAUUGGAGCUUUAUCAGUGAAACUCACUCCUGAAGAGAUGUCUGAGCUUGAGGCCAUUGCACAACCUGGUUCUGUGAAAGGAGAACGAUUCAACAACGCCGUGCCCACUUUCAAGAACUCAGACACUCCACCAUUGUCUUCUUGGAAAGCCACUUAAGUGACAUUGAAGCAGUUUUAACCUGUGUCAGCGAGAUCAAGGUAAUUGGUGUGUUGCGUCUUCGAGGGUAGAUUAUCAUUAUUCACAGGGAAACCCGAAUAUCAGUGUUAAUGCAUUGAAGAAUCCUCAAAAUAUCCAAUGCUCAAUAGUCACAAGUAACAAAUUUCCAUUCACAAGUAACAAAUUACAUAUAUAGACUAUAUAUUAUGAACUUUUUAUGCUUUUUACCUAUGACUAUUUUUAGUUUUUUCUUUACUUCCACUAUCUUCAGACACACUGUAAAGAUGAUUCUACGAAUAGUGACACUUGUUUGGUCAUUGUGAUCAGAUGUAACCUCUCCAAGAAUGAAUUUGUU